AUGUACUACAAACCAAUGAGCUUGAAUCUGUUGUACAUUAGAUUUGUUCUUGAGUAUUUAUUGGAAAGGCCUGAUCUGUUAUCACAAUUACGACCAUUAGGACUAGAUUUAUUUAAUACUCAUUUGCAAGAUUUUUCUGUAAAAUUCGAUGAACGUCAACGUAGAAAGACUAAGCGACAACUUGCAUAUCUGAGGUCUUUCGAAAAUAGCAACAUGUCAUCAUCUCAGCGAUUAUCUUAUAAUGUGCUGGAAUAUUUUACUAAUGAAAGUUUAAAUCGUCAAUUAAGUGAAACAUUUUUCUGUCAUCAUUAUUUGAUUAAUCAACUAUUUGGUGCUCAAACAGAAAUAAUUGCGUUACUAACAAAAUACCACCGUAUUAAAAACAUUAAAGAAGCAGAAGCUUAUUUAUUGCGAGUACAACGUAUAUCCUUGGCAUUUGAUCAACUAAUUGAGCAACAAAAGAAGAGAAGAGAAAAUGGUAUUGAAACACCUCGAUUUGUAUUAGAACGUGUUGUGAAUGAUUUGAAAAUAUUUCGUGAUCAAUUAUCAACCGAACCGAAUCAAAGUCCUUUAGUAUUCACUUUUGUUGACAAAUUAAAAGAAAACAAUCUACCGUUGGAUAAACGUAGCAGUUUGAUUACUCGUUUAUUAACCGUCAUUAAAACGUUUGUUAUACCAGCAUAUGCACGUCUUAUCACGAUGCUAGAAAACGAACUAUCGAGAUCAACAACCGAUCAUGGUGUUUAUCAAUUGCCCUCUGGCGAUAUAUAUUAUCGUUUAUGUCUUCAGUUUCACACUACAACUGAUAUGACACCUGAUGAAAUACAUCAGUUAGGUCUUACACAAGUGGAUAAAAUACAAAAGCAAAUAAAAACCAAUGUUAUCAAAGAAUUAGAAAAGGAUCCAAUUCAUCAGUACAAUAAACAUGACGUUGAAAAUAGUCGUAAACAAAUAUUGGACGAUUACAUUCAAAUUAUUGCUGAUAUUGACAGUAAAAUGGAUGCGUUUUUUUCACCAUCAUGUCUGCCGAAAAACAAGUGUUCGCGUAUACCAGUAUUCAAAGAAGAAGGUUCGCCCGCCGCUCAUUAUUUUCCACCUGCAUUAGAUGGUACAUCAAAAGGAACAUUUUUCGUUAAUUUACGAAAAAUUGACGAAAUAACCAAAUUUAAAAUGAGAACGUUGGCCUACCAUGAAGCGGUGCCCGGUCAUCAUUUUCAACUUAGUGUUGCUCAAUCAAUGAAACAUUUGCCACUGUUUCGUCGUAUUAUACAGUUUACAGCUUAUACUGAAGGCUGGGCAUUGUACACCGAAACGUUUGCUGCCGAGAAUAACUUUCAAUCAUACUGGUUAGAUUAUAUUGGUUAUUUAGAUGCAAUGCUAAUGCGAGCUGUUCGAUUGGUAGUCGAUACCGGUAUUCAUUCUAAGCAAUGGUCACGUGAACAAGCAACUGAGUACAUGAUGAAAAAUACCUGUAUGCACCGAACCGAAGUGGUAACUGAAAUUGACCGUUACUUUGUUCUACCAGGACAAGCGUGUGCCUACAUGGUUGGUUGUCUGAAAAUUUUAUCAUUACGUCAGAAAGCGCAAGAUGCUUUAAAAACAAAAUUUGAUAUUAAAAAAUUUCAUGAAGCUGUACUGGUACAUGGUUGUUUACCAUUGACUUUGUUAGAACAAGUAAUUGAUGAUUACAUUGAACGAGAAAAACAAAAUUUCUAG